AUGAAACCUUUACCGCUUAAAUCACAAUGCAUUUCAUUCACGGUACAAACGCGUCCGCCGAGUCCAAAAGUCAAGCCGCCACCGGAACAGUGGAAGAAGGCAGGGCGGCCGGUAGCUGAGGCGCCGUCUACUAUGGUUCCACUGCACAGCGGCAGCGCCAUCUUUAUCUCGACGAUAGAUCUCGUAAGCAUCUACACUCCUAAGGCGGCACUCUAUACGGCACGCUUGAUUGACGUCAUUUUCGGACGGCAAACACUGCUGAAGGCCUGUGUUUCCCGAACGGAGAAUUCUGGCGAUUUGGUCCCGCUAGAUGAGGACAAACUGAAAUCAGUUAUAGAACUGGCAACUAUGAACAUGGAUGUCAAAUGAUCUGUUUGGACUUCAUUUUUCUUUCUUACGUUCGGUGUACGCCAAAAAAGUACUAGAAUAUAUUUCCAACAUUCUUGUUUAUUUUUCUUCCAGUACAUGUGGUGCAUGUUUUCAAGAAACAAAACGUCGAAGUUUCCGAAUCACUCGUGCUGGGCUACAUCCGGAACCGCCUCUGUUACCUUCAGAGUUCAAAGAAGUACUAGAAUCCGUUUGCCAUAACCUAUUAUGAAAAGAUAAAGUGAAUUAAAUGCGUUAUUUUCAUAUCUGUUCGUUUUUCUGAUAUUGUUCAACCUGAUUAUAAGCAAUGGAGCUCGAAUAAUAACCAAUUUUCCAUUUUUAGAAAUGGAUUUCCGUUUUGAGCUGUCGUCUAGUGGAGCUCGCCAACUGGUAUGGAAGGGCUACGUUUACCACAAGAAUACGUCGACCGGUAGGUGCACCUAUUGGCGCUGUGCACACGCUGCCCGACUGAAAUGCAAGGCGACCGUGGUGAUGGAGUAUGGCGUGAUGGUGCGGGUCAAGAAUCCCUAUCACAAUCAUCUUCCAAUGAAGCGACUUCUGUACGGCAUGGGAAAAAAUCAGAAACGAAACCUGAAAAACCAAAAUAUUUUCGACAGCUACAGGAGGGUUGAAUAAAGACUAUGAUGGAAUAA